AUGAAUUCAACCAGAAAAGCGAUCGAGGAACAUUGGCGGGCAUCAGAUGACAAUGAUGCUGAAGCCGAAUACGCUAUCUACGCCGGAGACGCUAUCCUGGACUACCCACAAUCAGGGGAACGUUUCAAAGGCCGUGUGGCAAUUGCUGCGCAGCGUGGCGGACAUCCUGCUAACCGGCAUUUCACGGUACAACGGAUCUCAGGCGACGGCCAUCUAUGGGUGAGCGAGUGCAUCAUCACCUACGACGGAGUGCCAACAUACUCAGUCUCUAUCAUGCAAUUUGCUCGCGAGCUGGUGGUACACGAGACACAGUACUUCACUGAUAAAUUUAGUGCACCUGCGUGGCGGGUAGCACUCGCGGAGCCUAUGCCAGGUAGACAUAUCGAAGAGGCAUGA